AUGCUAUCUGACCCCGUCUUUCUGGCCGUUGCUGGCGUUGUCAUCCACCCCGUACUAGCUUAUGAAAACUUGACCCUUCCCAACGAAGCCGCCCAGCUCAACUCCCUCUUCUUGGGCAUCGGAUCGUUCGGGGCCGACAUCAACAUCGCCGCCGUUAGCUCAUGUGAAACGCGCUCAAUGAAACCGUGCGGCAAAGACAAGUGUAUCCCUUAUGAUGCCACCUGCUGCUCUGGAGGAGGGUACUGCGAGGAUGGCAAGUACUGUACCGCCCUUGGGUGUUGCCCAGUCGGCAAAACCUGCUCUGGCCUCCUCGUGGGAUGCGGAGCUGGGAAAGACAACUGCAACGGCAAAUGCAUGCCCGCCGGCAAUGUAUGCUGCCCUGGCGGAGGAUACUGCGAUGCCGGAGAAACAUGCACAGCAGACAGGAAGUGCAGAAAGCCCGGCAGCGGCGGCGGUGGAGGCAGUACAGGGCAGUGUAGCACCGGACAGACGAGCUGUGGAUCUCGCUGUAUGCCGCUGGGCGCAACUUGCUGCUCCAGUGGCGAGUACUGCGACUCGGGGAAGACCUGUCUCUCGGGGGGCGGGUGCUGCCCAUCCGGCACUGUCGGCUGCGGUCCCUUCAAGUGUAUACCCACGGGCACUGUAUGUUGCUCCGACGGUAGUUACUGCGACGCCGGGGACAUAUGCAUCGAGAACGGGAGGUGUCGACGAAGGAACGGAGCUGGUAACGACGGCGGUGGUGGAGCCGAACGCAGCACGACGUCCGUCCAGCAGACGAGGACGACGUCUGUUGUCAGGACGACGACAUCGCGGGAUUUGGAUCGGCCUACGCGGGCAGCUUCGACCUCGUCAGCAAGUAUCAACCGCGACUUUGACUCUGGCUCAACCUCGACCCCCAGCAUGCGAUCAAGCGAGCAGUCCGAGACGCGGAUACCAACAAUUGGAGGGUCUAAUUCUGCAGCCGGAGGAUCGUACAGGCUACCCAGGAUCAUGGUAGAGGUUUCCGCAGUUAUUUGGGGUGCGGUCAUAGUAUUAUGGUAA